GCAUGAACACACGGGACUCUGCCACAGAGAGGACUGCGCCGCUACAGACAAAACUCUGCCCAGUGCUUUCGAGUUUUUUAUACGGUCGACGUAAAUCAGAAGCUGCCCGAAGAGAGAUUUGACUAACAAGGAAUCCGUUGACGUUACUUCCAGUGGCCUGAGCAGAGUGGGCCGCUUUAAUGGCUGCAACCAAACCAGCCAAAGAAGUCUGAGGAGAAAUAAAGCCAGAGGAAUUUCUUCCACUGGAUUUUGCUUGUUUGCCCUGAAAGGACAGCACCUUUCUUUUUCUAUUUUAGUCAUCUCAUAUAACCUUCCUGACCCUAAGGACAAACAGGUAACAAAACUAACACCAGGAUUUAGAGAUGGACCCCUUUAGAGACACGCCACGCGUGCGCUCUGACAGCAUGAGCAGUUCAGUGUCUCAGGGAUCGAGUUCCAAGGUGCUCCUCCGGCAGCGUUUGUCUCAGCUGCUGACCUGCAUAGAGGACAUGGGCUCUGAUGACGAAGCCAGUGAAGAAGUGUCACGCACUCUGGACGAAGCGUUUCAGCUCUGCGGGCGCUUCAUUCCCACAGAUGCAUUCAGGCUGCACAUAGUGACCUGGAACGUGGCCACAGCGGAGCCCCCUGAAGAUGUCACCACUUUGCUGCAGCUGGAUGUCCAGCCCCCUGGAGACCUCUAUGUGAUCGGCCUGCAGGAGGUGAAUGCCACCCCUGUGAGGUUCAUCUCUGACCUGCUAGUGGAGGACGCCUGGAGCCACGUCUUCAUGGACACACUGGCACCCAGAGGCUUCGUCAAGGUCACAUCAAUGAGGAUGCAGGGUUUGCUGCUGCUGGUUUUUGCCAAACAAUUUCAUCUCCCCUUCAUCAGAAACAUCCAGACCACCUACACUCGUACUGGCUUCUUUGGGUACUGGGGUAAUAAAGGAGGAGUGACCGUCCGUUUUUCCUUCUAUGGCCACAUGGUGUGCUUUCUUAACUGCCACCUGGCAGCUCACGUGAACUACGCUCUGCAGCGUGUUGAUGAGAUUGAGUACAUCCUGGAGACACAAGACUUUGACAUCUCUGACACCCCAAAUGUCCGGGAUCACAAGGUGGUGUUCUGGUUUGGCGACCUGAACUUCCGUAUUGCAGACCACGGCCUGCACUUCCUCCGUUCGUCCAUCAACAGUGGGCGCCUUAAUUUGCUGUGGAACAAAGACCAGCUCACCAUGAUGAAGAAGAAGGAAGCUUUCCUGCAAGAAUUUGAGGAAGGGCCUUUAAACUUUAAACCCACCUACAAGUUUGACCGUAACGGUGAAACCUAUGAUACCAGCACUCCGAAGACAUGGUUGGGUUUUGCAAAGAGCACUGUGUUGCUGCCCCUAACCAUGUACAGACCCAGGCCCCUGCAGCGCUGCAGCACCACCCUCUUCUUCCUCCUCACCUCCCUCACCUGGGGGCUGCUCUCUGUGUGGUUGGGGGCCUGGCACAGGGAGCUAGACCCGCCAAGUGGCAAGAAGAGGAAACCGGCCUGGACGGAUCGGAUCCUCUGGCGCAUCAAACCCAAAACCCCGCCAUCAGAGGAGGAUGAUGAGAAGGCGUCGACUUCUACUGAUGAUGGUCUCGAUGAGUAUCCACUCCUGCUCACUCAGGACAAGUACACCAGUGACAUGAGCUACGGAGUCAGUGACCACAAGCCUGUCAUUGCAACCUUCAGUCUGGAGGUGAGGAAGUGCUUUGACACACCACUGGUGCACGUCUCUCCUCUGGGUGUAUGGAGCGCCGACCAGGAGGCACUUCUUAACUACACCAUCCAGGAGGACUUCAUGUCCUCCACGUGGGAUUGGAUCGGCCUGUACAAGGUGGGAUUCAAGAGUGCGUUCGAUUAUGAAACCUUUGUUUGGGUUAGAGAGGAAGAGUUGCCAGAGACAAACGAAGUCAUUCAGCUAUCUGUUGAUAAGGACGAGAUCCCUCUGCUGGGUGGACAUUAUGUUUUGGGUUACUACAGUACAAACAUGCAAAGCAUCAUCGGCCUCAGUGCUAACUUCCAGAUCCUGGAGUCAAAGCGUGCCGUCAUGGAAGGUCUCGUUCCUGAAAACAUCAAUGGACUCAACUAAUAGGAAGAAAUUCACCACAGUGCCAAAUCAUAUUCCUCUCCCCUGGAAAUUUACACAGAAUUGAUUGUGUGUCUUUCAAAUUCCCCAAGAUCAAAUCAUCUACUAGAUAAGCUGAUUCUGUCAGUAAAUAAUGGCCUCCACACUGUGCUAGCACAUGAACUGGAAACUGUUUCCAAGUCUGCCUUUAAGGAGUUCACCUUGAGUCAGAUUCACUCUUGUUGGAACGCUUUCUCCACAAAUAAGAUGUAUUGCUGUAACGAGUAGCCGUCCAGCUUAUCCACGGGCCUUUUUCUGCCUGUUAGUAAAUUAAGUUUUGUUUGUAAGUGUAGUGGAUUAUACACUGCAGGUCAAUACAGUCCUUGGUCAAAUUAUAUUUGAAAAUACACUUUUAUGUUUUGAUUUGGUCUCUGUUAGUGUCAGUGCAGAGGGUUGUACAAUAAGUGUAAGACAGAUCUACCAAUCAUAGGGAACUGUAUAGAAAAGGCUAUGUUGAUGCUGUUACUUUAAUGCAAAAGGAUGCAUCUGGUAAUUGAGUUGUUGAAUUCUUGCUGUGGAUUAUUGAUUGUGUCUUUGGGUGAAAUGAUACAGAUGGGAGAAAUAUAUAUAAAAUAUGAUGGACACAUGAAGUCCUCGAAGAGCGUUUAAUGUUAGAUGUGGAUGUCGAUGUGGACUUCUACACUGAGGUGUUUUGCGUCAUAUACUGCAUUAUAACAAUUCAGAUAUAAGUUUAAUGUGUAUUAUGACAAACUCAAAGGCAGUAAACAGAAUCAUGAUAACAUUGUAUGAAUAAAUGAUUUAUCUAUCUUGCUGUAAACCAAUUAAAUGUAGUUUCUCACAUUAGUGCAAUAUACAGGAUGCCUUUUUCUAUCGCAAUGCAAAUGUGAUGAUUGUUGUGUCAAAGAAAAACGGUGUCAAAAUGUCUGAGGGUGUUAUAGUGAAAUUGUGUCUAAUUGAUUGAGUGAACAAUAUCAGAGCAGCAGAGCACAAACAGUUCAGUUUUCCU